AUGGGUUGCACCAUCACCGCCGUAUAUGGCGAUAAUGAAGAUCCCAGCUUGGCGACAAGUGCAGACAAUAUUAGUGCCGCCUCCAAUGACCCAACCACAUCCAAUGAAGAAAUCUAUGAACCCGAACUAAUACAACAGCAGGUUGAAGAGGCUCAACGUAUACUCCACGAUUUAGAUAUGGAAAUGGAAACAGAGACAGAAAUCUCGAUGAAGACGGUGCGUAAUAUUUCCGAUAAUCAAUUGAAUUCGGCUUAUGCAUCUUCUUCGUCAUCGUCGUCCUCGGAGGAUAUUCCGAUAUCCAAACAAAAGGAUGACGAUUAUGUGAACGAUGCACAAUUAUCUAAAGAAGAUAAGCAGGAAGAAGAUCAGGAUCAACUCCAUUUAAAUAAAUCUCGUAUGGGUCGUCUACUACCCAAUCCAACACCUGGGCCCAACUCACCAUCACCUCCCACCCACAUUCCAGACUAUAUACGCCAAAUGAAACCCAGUGAUGAUAAUGAUGAUGACAAUAAUUCUCAAGAAGCUGCAAAUCUCUCCCUUGCCGAUUAUACCGAUGACACCAUCAGCAACAACAACAGCGAACCUCAACAUCUAAGAAGUUCGGGCCAACAACCCAGCAUCGAUUAUGAUGAGCCAACGCCACAGGCCAAAGAAAAUGAGGACAUUGUCCCCCUGGCGAUGCGUUACUAUGACGAAGAAACCAAUCAAGAGGUCCAACCACAACAACAAUGGCCAGUGCCACAACAAAGAUCAUUUGCAUUACCCACAAAUAAUGAGGCCUCAGUACCACCACCACCACCAUCCUCUGCACAGAAUAGUUCGGAAGAAUAUUAUGAUGAGGAAGUGUCAUCCCGUGAAGAUGAAUUGAUGGUAACCACAACGGCUGCCGGAGCAGCAGCCAUAACUCCCACCAGCCAAACAAAUAGCGAACCUCGUCCAACAAUGGUAAUACUUGCUGCCGGUUUCCCCCUGGCCUAUCAACCGACCACAAGUGCUCCAGCACCACAACGCUCCAAUAACCAAACACCACCACCCGCACCAGCACUAAUGACACCCGCAUCACCAACUUUGGGGCCAACAACACCACCAUAUCCACUAAUUGCCUCUGCCAUGGCUGCUGCAGCUGCCGCUGCCUUACCCGCCACCGGUGACAAAAAAGGCAAACAAAUACCCAUUGUAGCCACGACAACAACAAAAACAACGACCACUACAACAACAUCAAAAACCCUCCCCCCACCGCCGCCUCCCAUUGUACCCGCCAUACCGACCACCAUUAAGACCAUUAAUGCGGUAGCCGGCACCAGUCGACGUCACUUGUUGCCACACGAACAAUUGCGUAACUACAUCGAAGAUGCCUACAUUCGGAUGCCACUUGCGGUUAUUGUCGAUCCAUCGUCGGAAUCACUGGAAAAGACGAAGGCCUUGUGGAAUGAGGCAUUGCGUGCAAAUUUAAAUAUCAAAAUUAUUUUGGUUACAUUGAAUGAAUCGGACAUCCCGGCGGCAUUUAAUUUCAACAACUCCCGACAAUUUCUCACCGGCUUGAACAGCAUCAAGGAGCACGAAGGUGGUGAUGCCUUCCGUGGCAUAUCCCACGCUGCCGAAUUGGUACCCUACGACAGUGCCGUAUUCAUAUCGACAGCAACAUUGGCCAAUCACACGGAUCAAGUGCAUGAUGCAGCCAUAACAUUGUUGAAAAAGAGAAUAAGGCUCUAUCUCAUUUGGUUCGGUGAACGUUCGCUGAGCGAAAAUGAAACCCAAGAAACCGUAGGAGGUAUUUUGGGUGAGGUAGCCAUACGUUCAGGCGGUGAGGUCUUACACAUUGUGGGCAAUGAAAAUUCCAUGGAAUUGGAGGGUAGUACGCUCACAAUUGUAGCCGAUGCAUUGCGUGGUUCCCAGGAGUUGGAUGUACCCGUUGAUACCACACUAUCCAGUUUACAUGUGAAAAUUGAUAAACUGAUGCGGAGGGCGGUAUUGGAAACGCCCAAUGGCGGUUAGUUAUGGAA